GUUUGAACUUAGAAUAGGUGUCCGUCUUCUCAGUACUUUCUAUUGUUCCUCUUUCCCAAACAGGGCGUAACCAUCACCCUUGCUUCGCUUCUCUUCUCUCUCUUCUCUCUCUUUCUCUCUAUAUCUCUCUCAUGACUCCUACAUUUAAAACCCUCGUAUAUACAUACACAUUUACAGAGUCAGAACAUCUACACAGUUGUACGAACUCAUGGGCGCGUACCGAGUGGAAGACGACUAUGAUUACUUGUUCAAGGUAGUGCUGAUUGGCGAUUCUGGAGUCGGAAAAUCCAAUUUGCUGUCCAGAUUCACCCGCAACGAGUUCACCCUGGAGUCAAAGUCAACAAUUGGCGUUGAGUUCGCAACUCGCAGCAUACGCAUUGAUGAGAAAGUCGUGAAGGCCCAGAUUUGGGACACCGCUGGCCAAGAACGAUAUCGUGCAAUAACAAGUGCCUACUAUCGAGGCGCUGCCGGUGCAUUGCUUGUUUAUGAUGUUACACGCCAUGCUACAUUUGAAAACUUAGAGAGAUGGUUGAAGGAACUCAGAGAUCAUACCGAUUCAAGUACUGUAAUCAUGCUCAUUGGCAAUAAGGCUGAUUUGCGUCACUUGCGAGCUGUUGCCACAGAAGACGCACAAGCUUUUGCUGAAAGGGAGAGCAUGUUUUUCAUGGAAACAUCUGCCCUGGAAUCAAUGAAUGUGGAAAAUGCCUUCUCGGAAGUGCUUACUCAGAUAUAUAAUGCUGUAAAAAAGAAAGCUCUUGAAGCUGGUGAUGAUUCAACAAAUUUACCUAAAGGUCAGACCAUCAACAUUGGCUCUAAGGAUGAUGUUUCAGCAGUAAAGAGAGGUGGUUGUUGCUCUGCUUAAAAGAGAACUAUGAGUUGAAGCAGAUCUUUUCUUUUAUAAUGAGACCUAAUCUUAUUUCCUCUGCUCUUGGAUGAUCUCAUUGUAUACAUUGAUCACGAACCAAAGUUUUAAUUCACCAGCAAAUGAAAAAUUGUUUAGAUUAACAAUACUCCUUAGAGUAAGGUUCUUAGCCACAUCCGUGCAUUCUUUUCUCCUAAUCUUCUUUUGCAUCUUGUGAUGUAUAUUUGUAUUAUUGACCUGAAGAAGCUACUUAAAUGAGAUUAUAUCCGAUUGUUUGGACUUA